AUGGAAAUUUAUCAGGGGAAAAUCUUGUUAGUUCAUUGCUUCAGGUAUCGAAUUGUACAAAAAAUUAGUUUUGGUUCUUAUGGGUCUAUAUACAGCGCUGUAGAUGUUCACACGAAUAAAGAUGUUGCAGUUAAAUUUGAGAUUGGUAACAUUAUUUCUAGUUCUAAAAAUUCUUAUGCCAAGAUUGUAUCAAACUUGUGCCAUAUUGCAUUUACCAUCGUUUCUCUGGCCGACCAAAUGCUUUUAAGGAUUUGGUCACUGCAUUCUCGAGGUUUUAUACACAGGGAUAUCAAGCCGGAAAAUUUUCUAAUGGGUAUUGGGGAUUCUGAAAACACUUGUUUUCUUGUUGACUUUGGUUUAGUAUCAAGUUCUGGGCUAUAUCGUGACGGCGAGAAGCUAAAUCAUAUUCCAUUCCGGAGAGGUAAAAGUCUAGUCGGUACAGUAAAGUACGCCAGCGUCAACAGUCAUAAUGGUUUGGAAUUAAGUAGGCGUGAUGAUUUGGAAAGUCUGGGAUAUAUCAUAAUAGAAUUUAUCAACCGAGAGCUUCCGUGGAAGGUAAUUUUGAUCGAAGGCUAUCUUUUUUUUAUAUGGACAGUAAUAUAG